UAAAUACUUGUCCUGUAUCGAGGACAUUCAGAAUAUAGAAAGAGUUUGCAUCGAACAGUUCACUGAGUGUUUUUUUUAUUGAAACCGUGGAAAAAUUUUACAAGCCUUCUUGUGUGAGCAUGUACGACAAUUUAGAGAGCAACAGUACAAAGUAUAUAAUUGAAAGGAAACCGGAAAUUUGGAAAGUUGAGCCUUCUACUGCUGCGAAAAAUUGCAGGAAUUUUAUACGAGAAAUUGUCGAUAACUUGGAUCUGAAGCCAAAUCCAGAAAAGCCGGUUAUAGCCUUGUCAAUAGGUGAUCCAACCGUUUACGGGAACCUCAAGGCAUCCGAAGAAGCAAUAAAAGCGGUGCAAAAAGUUCUGGAAGAUGGCUCUUUCAAUGGUUACACUUCCAGCGUUGGUAACCAAGAGGCAAGGGAAGCCGUGGCAGAAUAUUUGUCCCACGAUGGCGUCGAAGUGAAUGCAAACGACGUCAUUUUGUGUAGCGGAUGUUCUUCUUCCCUGGAACACUGUAUCACCGUCCUCGCCGAUGGAAGCAAGAACCAGAACAUUCUCAUUCCCAGGCCAGGUUUCCCCAUUUACAGGACCUUGGCUGAACAUGUUGGCGUAGAAGUAAGAUACUACAAUCUCAUACCUGAAAACAAAUGGGAAGCUGAUCUGUACCACCUCGAAUCUCAGAUAGACGAAAACACCGCCGCCAUAGUUAUCAAUAACCCUUCGAACCCAUGUGGAUCAAACUACUCAGAAGAACAUCUUCGCAACAUUCUAGAGAUCGCCUACAGAUACCGAAUCCCAGUGAUUGCAGACGAAAUCUACGAAAACCUGGUAUUCCCUGGAGAAAAAUUCAUAUCUACGGCUUCCCUAAACUCCUGUGUACCAAUCCUGAUAUGCGGGGGCAUUGCCAAAAGGUUUUUGGUCCCUGGGUGGAGACUGGGCUGGAUAGUAGUUCACGACGAAAUAGGGGCCUUCGACGAUGUACGCAAAGCGCUCAACUGCUUGAGUCAAAGAAUCAUUGGCAGCAACACGUUGAUUCAAGGGGCGUUACCAUCUAUUCUGAAAAGUACUCCUCAGAGCGCUUUUGAUGCGCUGAUCGGAACAUUGCUCAGGAACUCUCAAAUUGCAUUUGAAGGACUGCAACAAGCCAAAGGUCUGACUCCUUAUAUGCCUCAAGGAGCUAUGUAUAUGUUGGUUGAGAUUGACAUGGAGAAAUUUCCUAACUUCAAAAAUGGGUUGGACUUUGCUCAGAAGCUGAUGGAGGAAGAAUCCGUCUUCUGUUUACCUGGAGAAUGUUUCGCAAUUUCUGGAUUUAUGAGAAUCGUUACAACGGUACCUGAAGAUGUGAUUCAAGAAGCGUGUACCAGAAUGGCUGAAUUUUGUAAUAGGUACUAUGUAAAAUAAUGGACCUAGAACUCAAAUAACCAUCUACCUCUUAACCUAACUCGGCGAUUUUAGGAUAGUUUAUAUUCAAUUUAGGAUAAAUGAUUGAACUGAUUUUCUAGUUAUUAUAUUUUGAUAUAUAAUUUA